AUGUCCGCUGACUUCUGGGCUGGCUACCUGAGUGGGGCCAUUGGGAUUAUCAUUGGCAACCCACUGGACAUAAUCAAAGUUCGACUUCAAGCAACUCCCACGAAUCCAACAAAUGGAGCAACGGUGCCAAAUCCCCACCAAUUUGAGGGAGCAGGCUCUCUCAUAAGAGGUAUGGCCUCUGUUAUCAGCCAGUUUUCUCAGACUCGAGCUCAUUUUCUUGUGGCAGGCGCAGCAGCUCCGAUUAUUGGAUAUGGAGCUCUUAAUGCACUCCUCUUUGUUGCAUAUAACCGCACGUUGAUGUAUUUGUGUCCCUCAGUAACAGACCCAACGAAUCCCACAACUGCUUCUCUAUCCAGAAUCUGGCUGGCAGGUGCAGUUGGAGGCCUUGCGAGUUGGACCAUAUCUUCACCCACGGAGCUCAUCAAAUGCCGUGCACAGCUUGGAUUUCAGUCGCCGGUUUCUUCGUGGACUGUAGCAAAUGAUAUCGUGCGGACGCGCGGCCUAAAAGGCCUUUAUUUUGGCGGUAUCAUAACAAGUAUUCGAGACUCAGUCGGAUACGGGUUUUAG